UUCGCCUCACAAACAACCACAGAACCACAAGUGCGGUGCAAAUUUUCUCCAGGACGGCAGAAAGAAGCCCCCGGUGUGUAAAUGGUUAAUCUCCGCAGGUCACUUCCAGUCACAGAGACCGACCAAGUCAUUUAGGACUUCGAGGGUCAUUGAAACCACAAUAGGACAAGAAUCUUUCAGAAAAUAAUCAAGAGGGGCUAUGGCAUCCAAUAGUCUAUUCAGCUCGGUAACACCAUGUCAGCAAAACUUUUUCUGGGAUCCCAGCACCAGCCGGAGGUUCAGUCCCCCGUCCAACAGCCUACAACCGGUCACCGGGAAAAUGAGCGAUGUGAGCACAGCGACAGGACAGCAAGAGGCGGCUCCAGCUGUGCCUAGACUUCGGCCACAUGAUAACCGCACCAUGGUCGAAAUCAUCGCUGAUCACCCUGCGGAAUUAGUCCGGACUGACAGCCCGAAUUUCCUUUGCUCUGUCCUGCCGUCACAUUGGAGGUGUAACAAAACCUUACCUGUAGCAUUCAAGGUGGUUGCACUAGGGGAGGUACCUGAUGGGACAGUUGUCACAGUGAUGGCAGGAAAUGAUGAGAACUACUCAGCAGAACUGAGAAAUGCUUCUGCUGUCAUGAAGAACCAGGUGGCAAGAUUUAAUGACCUGAGGUUUGUGGGCAGGAGUGGAAGAGGCAAGAGCUUCACUUUGACAAUCACAGUAUUCACAAACCCACCCCAAGUGGCAACUUACCACAGAGCCAUAAAGGUCACUGUCGAUGGCCCGCGGGAACCAAGAAGACACAGACAAAAACUGGAAGACCCACCGAAGCCUGGUUUAUUUUCAGAACGACUGAGCGAGCUAGAACGCCUUCGUCAGUCCACAAUGAGAGUCCCCACACAGAACCCCCGGCCAUCCCUCAAUCCUGCACCAGCCUCCUUUAAUCCACAGGGUCAAACACAGAUCUCAGAUCCCAGGCAGUCCCAAUCCUCUCCUCCUUGGUCCUACGACCAACCGUAUACUCCAUAUCUGAGCCAAAUGACAUCACCCUCCAUCCACUCCACAACCCCUCUCUCCUCCACCCGAGCCACAGGGCUUCCUGCUAUCAGCGAUGUGCCAAGACGCCUCUCAGCAGGUGCUUCAGAUCUGAGCCCAUUUUCAGACCCUCGACAGUUUGAGCGCCAGUUCGCUGGCCUCUCCUCCCUCACCGAGAGCCGAUUUUCCAGUCCCAGAAUGCACUACCCCGCCACAUUCACCUACACGCCCACACCAGUCACGUCAGGCAUGUCACUGGGCAUGUCCACAACCACCCACUACCACACCUACCUGCCGCCGCCUUACCCUGGCUCUACCCAGAACCAAAGUGGACCCUUCCAGACCAGCAGCACACCCUAUCUCUACUAUGGAGCAUCCUCUGGGUCCUACCAAUUCUCCAUGGUGCCAGGGGGAGAUCGCUCACCUUCCAGGAUGCUCCCACCUUGCACUAGUGCUUCCACUGGCAGCUCUCUAAUCAACCCCAACCUUCCAAACCAAAAUGAUGGGGUUGAUGCUGAUGGAAGUCACAGCAGCUCACCCACUGUGCUAAACUCAAGCGGAAGAAUGGACGAGUCAGUGUGGCGGCCAUAUUGAAACACCAGGACUUUUUAAAGAAUCAACACGGGGCCUUUUUAGAAAAACAGUAAGACUCCAAUCAAGAGCAGUUAAUAUGAGUGUCUUAAUUUAAAUCUAUGGUUAUAAAGCACAAAUCGUCACAGGAAUAUCACAUCCUUUAUUCAGGAAGGAUUUCUUGCAUUUCUAAUUGAACCUAAAAGUGGAAUAAACAUGGUACACAGACCUUUUAAUAUUUAUCCAAAAUGGUACUAGAUUUCUCAGCGUUCUCAAAGCAAUAAGGAUGAAGAGUGAAGUGAAGAGGAUAACAAUUUUUGGAAGAAUAAGACAUUAUCCAAAUAUUUUUGUCAUUCCACUGCAAAAUCUGUGUCAAAACAGUGGACAUUACUGAUUUAAAUAGGUCAUGAAAAAAGAGCUUCCUUAUGCUUUGCAUUGGUUUUGUACAGUACCGGUAUAUAGAUUGUGUUAAGUUUUUUUUCAAGGCUGUUUAGUUGAGCAUUUUGUUUUUUUUAUACUAACUAAAUUUUGAUGCUGCAAAUUUAGCACUGAAUGCCAGUCUUUGCUUUUUUAUAUAUAUUUAACAGAAAUUCAGUUACUUUUAAUGGUACCAGUUUUACAUUUCCCUUGUGUGUGUGUUCUUUGUCUCUUAAUUUAAAUUGUAAAAAAGCUGAAAGAGAGGCUAUGUUUUACAGAUGCCAUAGUAUGUAUUUGGUAAUUAAGAUUUGGAAGUUUGAAUAAUAUUUUGAAGCGUCUUUAAUUUAAAAACUUAUUUUUAAGGUAAUGUAAAAAUAUAUUUGAGAACCCAAAGAAAUUAAUCAUUUUUUCUGUCCAAUGUGUAUUUUUUAAUUAAGUGUUAGUAGAAAGAAUUAGGAAAGAAGGCCAGUACUUCAAGGUAAAAUUUCUAAAAUAAAAGCCUGGAGAUAUCUGAGUAAACAUUUAAUUUUGUCUCUCCAGUCAUAUGGUUAAAAUCUGGAUUGCUGUAAAAUAACAGAAAGGGAGGCUAAAUUUACAGUAGCACUGAAACAGGUCUCACAAAUUGUACUGUGAUAACGUUUCAUCCCUGGUCCUAACUGUCUAAUCUCUAAACCAAAAACAUUGACUUUGAAUCAUGAUUAUGCAUAUUAUUUCUAUGAGAGAAACAUUUGAAUUUGUACUUAAGAAUUCUAGUAGAGUAUCACUGUGGCCUUAACCCUUUCUCUGACUGUACAACCAGGCAGUGUAGACAUGUUUACCGUGUGAAGCUUAGGGAGUCUGCAGAUUUUUUUUACUGGUAACUGGUAAAGGCAGUAACCUAAGUGCAGGUUAUCUUCAAAAUAUCAAGUGUCAGCGUCAUGUCACUAGCUAUGAGCCAAGACAUGAAACAAUUGGCAGUUCCCACUCUGGUGGGAAUAAAAAAUAGCAAAUUGAAUUAAAAAAAUUAAAACUAACUACAAGGGUAAAUGCAACCAUACAGGUGAGAAUAUAAUCAGAUGUAAAUACAUCUUCAGUUUAAACAUUUUAAUUAUACACUGAUAAUGAUUAAAUAACCGUGAUAAUUAUGCAUGAGAGCAUAAUUGUAAGCAUGAUCAAUUCUGAAAGUCAGAAUCACAGGCUGUGCUGAAAGAAAAGCUUCACUACUUGUGUAAAUGCUGUGACCCUUUUAUAGUAAAAAAAAUGUUUUCUUUUUUGUGCUUGUUUCUAUGGACCUAUCGGAUGGUCCUCAAAGCCCUGCAUUUGUCAAUGUUAACUGGGACCUCAAAGAAACUUCUACCUAACCCUUACCAAAUUGGCCUAUAUUUUGAUAUCCCCUCAAUUUAUUUUAGAUCUUACAAGUAUUAUACAGUAUAUUCAUGACAUCCAGUAAUGAAUGUUUACAUUGCCCAUUAAACAAGAUCUUGGGUAUAAUUUUUUUCUCUGUGAGCUGCACUUGAUUUUUAAUUAUUCUGUCUCUAUUAUCAGUUAUGCAUUCCAAAUUUUGUAUUGUAGCUGAACCAUGAUUAUGCUUAUACUAUCAUUAUGCUUAUACCAAUAUCCAAUUUUGAUUCAUUUACAUUCAAUUGUAUGUAUGGAAAACUAAUCAAAUUACAGAAAGGUUUGAUGAUAACUCACAAAUAAUUCUAUACAUAAAUUAAAUUAGGCAAACUACAGUGUAGCUAUUAGAAGGAGCAUCAUUCCAGGUUAGGGUGGAAAAUAAGAGAAGAACAUGCAGUGAAUUAUGGAUAUGAAUAUUAGUUGGCUCUUCAUCCAGUCAUAACCCUAGAGAAGAUGGAACUGCCUUGCAACUUUAUAUGUAGUAUAUUAAAGUUACAGGCCACAGACAGCUAGUCCACUCUUCCUGGGGCACGUCAGUGUGAUAUAGCUAGGGCUGACCAGUAAUACAGUCAUACAGUAUAUGUUUCUGAAUGAACACCCUUCCGUUUUGGGAUGUGAGAUAAGAACAGCAGUUGUAAUCCAUUUUGGGUAUUCAUAUUACCUCGCUAAUCAUAUUAGCUACCUAAUACAACUUUGACUUAGUGCACAAAAACACCAACUGUUAAAACUACAGGCAUUGAAAUUCACUUGAUGAUUUACGUAGGUUUACAAGCAAUGGAAUCCAGAUACAGUCUAUUGUGUUUAUGAAUUGUGUGCUGGCCUGUUUUUCUUCAGUUCUUUUACCCACUGACCUUAUCACAGUUUAUUGAGACCUAAACUUGUUUACCUAUUGGCUUUAAUUCUGAAUAACGGGUACAUUUAUAAUUUUAUUGAAAAUGCUUUGGGUCUGGUUUUGAUGGCAAUCCAUAAGUGUGUAUAAAAUUUAAAAAAUGUUAAAUAUAUAAUGUAUUAUUUAUUGCAAAAUUUCCACAACCACCCCAAGCCAUUUUAAGAAGCGUUUUGCUUUGUCAUACCAAAAAAUAAUCAUAUUGGAUGACAGUUAUGUUCCAUUUCAGCAUUGCAUCGUGGCCUGGCCUAUUUUACACGAGUAAUUGCUAUUUCAUAAUGUAUUUUAAAUUUAUUUAUUUGAUGUGAUAGGUAGAAGUGUACCAUUCAUGAUUUUUGGUAUUCAUUUUCAUCAGCACUUAAAACCAAGUGUCUGGUUACACGUCUAAUGAAAAGAAUACUGCCAAGGUGAACUGUUACCUAUUUAAGAAAAAAAGGUACUAUAUUUGUAAUCAUUAUUUUUUUUUAAUUAUUGUUGCUGAGAAGGGCUUUUGAAGAUAUUAAUAUGUUUUUGUAUACAUAUAAAAAGUAAUUUUUUAAAAGUUCUGUAUAAUGUAAUUUAAUAAGGCUGCAGGCAGCAACCUGGGAAACCAAUGUAAGAAUUCUUUUGUAUGUUUGUACAGUGAAGCACUUCAGUUCUGUUUUUGUGUUUUAAUCAACAGCCUGAUUAAUUUUUGGAACAAGUGGCUCAGAUGAAAAAUAACACAUCAUACUGCAAACUAUUGUGAUUCAAGGUUUUGGUAACUGAUAAUUAUCAGCUAAUGUCAUUAUUAGCAAUACUUAUGAGUCAAGAGCUACCUUAAGCAGGACCUCUAUGACAUGUCUAUGAUAUCCCUAAGAAACCAACCAAUUCAUUUUAAAUUUAUAUAGAACCAUUCACAGCUUUUAAGGGUCUCAUUGUGCUUUAAAACACAACCCUUGAUUUUAUUGCGUUCAUGCCUUUCCUUUAGCAGAACAUAUUUAAAAAUAGCCUGACAAUGGGAAUCACCAAAAGAGUUGGUUAGAAUCUGCCCAGAAUAAUCAUAUUAAUAAUCUAAUCAAUAACAAGUAUAGCAUUGAGUGUUUUUUCUGUCACUCCGAAAAAUGUUAUACUAAAUGUCCAUAGAAAGAUGGAAACCUACUGUGCAAUGCUUCUUAUGAUCAUACUAUGGAAAUGGUUUGUUUUGUAGCCAGUAAUUAAGAGUGCUACCUACUGGUCUCCCAACAUCCAUUCACACAAUGCCCCAGAGUUUUUCAAUUCAACUGAUGAAUGGGUCAGAUAAUUAAUAAUGUUUCAGUAAAAGCUUCAGGGAGGCAUUCAGUUUUUGGCAAAAGGUUCAUUUAUUUUAUACUGUCAGUAAAUAUUUCUGAAGAGUAAGAAAAUAUGUCCUCAGGCAUACUUUCUCUAUGCUGAUUCAAUACCAAUAUAAAAAUGAGAGUCAUAAUCAAGCACAAAAGAAACCAGCUAGUCUUGCAUAAACAGGACACUUAUUUAUCCCUGACACAGUAAGACUGCCUAAGUGUUUACAUCCAGAAAGACCCUUCGAACACAGUAGAGUAUUUAUUCUGGGCUCUAUGAAACCUUGAACUCACCUCUGCGUUUUUACAACCAUCUCAGAUUUCACCAUUUAAUGUUUCUUUUGGCUGUGAGAAGGGCUGAGCAUUGUUUACAAAAUGUUUACAAAACUGUAAACUAAUAACAGCAACUCUAACUUUUCAUUGUUAUACUGUAUUCAAAUUUAUAUAUAUGCACGUACGUAUUACUCAGCAAACAUACUUUUACAUAAUACUUUUAAUUACAUUUUUCCUGUUUGGGCUUGUUCUUUAAUAAUGCUUAACCUUCUGGCAUACAACUGCAAAAAAUAAAGAGUACGUAUUUUGUAGCAUGUAUAAAAAUAAGCUUUUUUAUUGUUGUCAAUCAUUUGCUUUCCAAGCACAUACUGUACAGAUGCAGUGUUUUAUGUUUUUUCUACAGACUCCAUUGAUUGUGAACAAGUUUUUUUUUCCACAUCAUAAGGGACUAAUAACAGCUAGUGAGAUUGUCUGGUAUUUUCUCAUGAUUGUAACAUGUUUGUUUUUGAGAAUAAAAGUUGCUUUUUUUGUUAAGAUGCAACGGC